GUCAGUGUAUGUGUGUGUCUCGGUCCGCACACUGUGUAAGGUGCUGUCUAAAAACUUACAAAUAUCAACUCGAUAGAAAAGCAAUCAAACCCUUUAGUUUUACCAUAGACUUCGUCUAUAAAACAAAGGGUUUAUACAGUGUCAUUUGAACUACAGAAAAUAAGAAUAAGAAGAAGACAGAGUUAUACGAUGUUGAGAAAACAUGGUUAAGAAAAGCCCGUUACUGGUAUUCUCAGCUUCCAGCAUGAAAAUCAUAUUUGGAUUGUCUCUAUUCCUGAUAGGAUGUGAUUCACAGGUGGAAAUCCUUUCUUUAGUACAUCGAGAGCAAUACAUCCAGGGAGAAAAUGUGACGAUAAAAUGCAUAAUCGUUUACAAAGAAGCUUCAACGAUUAAUUGGACUUUCCCGGGAUCUCCAAGCAAGAUAGAUAUAAGAAAGAAUGCUACACGUAGUGUCCUGACUCUCCGUGACGCAGCAGUUAAUGAUUCCGGGGUCUACGGGUGCACGGUCUCUUUCAAGGAGGAUACACCGAGGAGAGUCACCAAGUCGGAGAGGAUAGAAGUCAAAGGAAGUAUCACUCCAUAUAUUAAUUUUUCAAAAUGCGAAGAUAUGACUUUAAAUGAAGGAGAAGAAUGGGAGUGGGAGGUUGACUUACGCCAUUACCCUGAUUUGUUUAACUACACCAUAGUUAACUGGCAAGGGAAAAAGAUCUCCGAAGACAUAGUCACAUACGACAAAGACUUGGCUCACAUCAUACUGCAGGUUGUUCAAGUAGAAGCAAAACAUUAUGGGAGUUAUACCAUAAUGGGAUAUUUACCAGAAGCUUCCUAUGAACGAAAUUGUACGCUUCAACUCGAAGUCAGAAGUCAACCCAAAGUGUCACCUGUUCUCCAUUCUGUGAAAUUUGAGAGAGGUAGGCCAAAAACUGUAGAAUUCCACGUUACUGGCUACCCUGUCAGGAACUGCACCCCAAGCUAUAGCGAAUGCCCUGAUGGAGGAAAAUGCACUGAAGCAGAGAGCAUCACUAAGUUCAACAGCAGCAUCCUUCCUCCUGGAAAUGUAGUGCUAGUGAGUGUGGAGAUCGAUCCUAAGAAAUCUGGAAAUCUCGUGUGUACGACGAACCACUCAAGUGCUGCCGUUGAUGUUUAUGUUAAAGCCUCUACAGAUCCAGCGGUGUGGACGGCACUGGGCAUCGUCGUUGUAAUUCUGGCAGUCACGGCGGUUUGCCUAGUUCUGCAAGUACGCCGAAUUCGCAGGAAGAAGAGAGAGCUGAGGCAGGUUAACCAGCACAUGAUCCUGUACUUCGGAAAGGGUCGGGUCAAUGAACUGAACCUUAAUGGCACAGUGGGAGAGCAGGCCGAGUUGCUUCCUUACGACCCGGCGUGGGAGGUGAACAGGAGUGACAUCCAGCUUGGAAAACAACUUGGCUCGGGGUCAUUCGGGCGCGUCGUCUUGGCGUCCGUCCGAGGCCUCGAUGGAGCGAGCGACGGCGAGACUGAGGCGGCGGUGAAGAUGGUGAAGUCACACAUCGACGUCACUCACCUGGAGUGCCUCAUGGUCGAGCUAAAAAUCAUGAGUCACUUGGGGAAGCACGUCAACAUUGUCAAUAUGCUCGGCGCCAACACCGUCCACUUAAACAGAGGAGAGCUGUGGAUUCUGACGGAGUACUGUCGCCAUGGAAACCUCCUCGACUUCAUCCACAAGCACAAAGCCAAAUUCAUCCACCAGGUCGACCCCCAGAGAGAUGAGAUUGACCCCCGCAUCUUGAUGAACAACCCCGCUUCAACUCCCUUAUCCAGGAGCGUGAGCAUCAGAACCGGAAGCGUGAUGUCCGCCACCACAAUCGCCACUGACAUCUCGAUCGGUGUUCAGGCCUCACUCCGGGGACAACACAACUACGCCAACAGAGCCGUUCACUUCCACAACCCUACGUACAAGAGCGUGUCUACUACUACUGCUGACGACGAAGGCGCUGACGAGUCGAUGAGCGAAUCGAGGUGGUCUCAAGACAAUGCCGAUACUACUACCAUCAGCGACCGAACGGUGUCUUCGUCAGGUCAGGAGUACUUGAGGCCGAGCUCCUCAGCGACGUGCACGAGUGGGUACCAGGAGGGCAUACCGGGCCUCAGCGUCCCCUUCAAUACGAGUACCCUUGUGUGUUGGGCGUGGCAGGUCGCCCAAGGAAUGUCCUAUCUGGCGCAGAGGAAAAUCCUCCACGGAGACUUAGCCGCGAGGAACCUCCUUCUGGCGGACGAGAACGUGGUGAAGAUCAGCGACUUCGGCCUCUCGCGAAACAUAUACGGGGACAUCUACCUAAAGAAGGGAAAUGGCUUACUACCCAUCAAGUGGCUGUCUGUGGAGGCGAUCCGAGAUUUCACCUUCAGCGUGCAAAGUGACAUCUGGGCGUACGGAGUCACCCUGUGGGAACUGUUCACCCUGGGCAGCACCCCCUACCCAGGAGUGCCAGUCGAUGCCAACUUCCUCGGCCUCCUCGAGGGGGGGUACCGUAUGAGCAAACCCAAGUACGCCACCAAGAAAAUACACGAGAUGAUCCUGAGAACUUGGAGCCUUCAGCCCUCGGAAAGGCCGACGUUCGGGCAGAUCUCACAAGGACUGAGUUGUCUGCUACAGAGGGAUCUGCAGGAGCACUACAUCAGCAUGAACGAAGGGUAUAUGAAGAUGAACGAGGCUUGGUUCAAGGAGAGGGUAGACUACCUGAAUCUCUUUCGAAGUCCGGAGUUAGAGCUGCCGGAGACACAGGAAGAGCUGGGUGUGAGAGAAACCCAGGAAGGACUAAAGGAGGAGGAAGGGGAGGAGGAAGUGGGAGAUAGGGAGGAGGAGGAGGAAGUGGGGGUAAAGGAAGAGGAAGAAGAGGAGAAUGAGAAGCAGAAGAAGAAGCAAGAGGAAGAAAAGGAAAGAGAGAAGGAAGAGGAGGAGGAAGAGAAGGAGAAAAGGAAGAAGGAAGAGGAGGAGGAAGAGGAAGAGAAAAGGAAGAAGGAAGAGGAGGAUGCACAUCCCACUGCCAAUCUUCAGAGCUCAGGCGGCAACGGGAGAGGACAGAAGAAGACUGAUAUUUCGUCAGAUUAUGUGCAAAUGGUCUAGCAAGAAGGAGGGACUGAGAGCAGGGUGUGGAGAAUGCGCCCUGGACAUAGCGAAGUUCAGUGUCCUCUUUAGGCUAUAGUUGCAAAACGUGCAAUGGCGACUUUGCACCGAAGGGAACCACGGAGGUAAUUUAAAUAUUGUAAGAUACAGAUUAAUCUACUCAUUAAGGCUAAUAUAAAAUACAUAUGCAUACAUAUUGGUUCAUGAACACACACACACACACACACACACACACACACACACACACACACACACACACACACACACACACACACACACACACACACAAUGUGAUCAUAGUAAAGAUAAUAACAUAAACAAAAUAAAAAUAAUAAUAACAAUGUUAACAUAAAGAGAAUAUGAUUAAAACAAAACCACUUCUGUGUUUUAUGAUUUAUUUUGCAUAUUCUGUAAGUGAACUGUUCAACGUUGAAUAUUAAGAUAAUUUCGUACUAUUUUAUGUGUGUGGGAUACAUGACUAUACUUUAGUGUAGUUACCCCUAUGGUAUGGGAUGUCUGUAGGAUAAAACCUGCAGCUUAAUAUGAUCCAUAUUCCUGUACAAUGCUUGAAUAAUGUAAACUUUGAGUCAUAAGGAAAACUAUUGUUCUUCUUUAACCUAAAAACCUAAGUUGUUCUUCUCUAACUUAAAAGCUUAAGUUAUUUUUCUCCAACCUAAAAAUCUAAGUUGUUUUACUUUAAUUAAAAAUCUAAAUAAAGCCGAGACGGUUAAA